GGAAAGAAAUAAAGAGAUAAGAAAUGAAGUCUCAUUGGAUUAUUGGUGUUCUUGUUGCGUCCAUCACCACGCCGGAGUUGUGGGCGAUUGCAGUGACUGGUCCGGAGGUGCAACAUGUCCAGUUUGGGUCAACAGUCACUCUGGGUUGUGACUUCUCCUACUUGUAUGAGACAACCUGGUUUAAACACAACCCACACCUCACCCCGACCAUGGUCCUCCACGCCAGCCUUGAGGGAGGACAACCAGACCAAGGGUUGCAGUCCAGCUCUCGUUUCUCAGGGGAGUUGGUGAACCGUUCUCUGGCCCUGAGGAUCAGCAAUGUUGAGGAGAGAGACCUGGGGCUGUAUUACUGCAUCGCAAAGGUCAACAAGCUCAUGAAGGUGGGGAGGGGAACCAGGCUUCAAGGAGGCCCUCAUCCUGAAACGUCUACUCCACAACUGGGCACAACAACCCUUGCUUUCUCGGGUUCGUCUCCAAGUUCCUCCUUGCUUUCUUUUCACCAGGGUUACUGCGUGGCUGUGGUGUUGGGGCUGCUGCUGAUGGUGCUGGCUGUUUGCAUCACCCACUGCAAACUAAGAAAUGAUAAAAAAAAAAAAAAGCCCUCAGUGAUUGUGUACAUCACCAAAAGUAGCACCUAA